UAAUCACCCACGGACCCUGACUUUAGGGGUACCUUACGAUAAACCCCCUGAUAAAAAAAAACGAUCAGUAAACCCCCUAUUCUUUGUGACGGCUGCACGUAAACCCCCUGAGCCCAUUUCUCGCCGAUAUUUUGGCAAAAUGAUGACGUGGCACGAUAUAUUCACUGACGGCUCUGCAAGUCACUCUGCAUGCAUGUCAGACAUGUGUAAGAAUGUGUAAGGCUGUGUAAGGUUGUGUCGGUUGACUUUUUUCAAAAAAAAAAAAAAAAAAUCAUUUUUACCGCUCGGUUAAAAAUCACUUUCUCUCUCUAACAUUUUUAACUUUUCCCUCUGUUCCCCCUCAUUCUCUUUAAUUGUCAUAUUUUCAAAUAUUUCAUCCUGUCUUCGUCUUGUUCCUUUUUUUUCGUUCCUUACCCUAGGUCUACUACUCCUGCACUCUUAUCGCCGUCCAUCGUCUUCAUCUUCUUCUCUUCCAUCUUGUGUGUUAUUUCGCCCCUAUUCAGUUCUUCGUUUUUCUUCGUUUGCUUGUGGCCCUUUCUUGUCUAAAUAUUUUUCGAGGUCUCUGUUCUUUAACAGAAAAUGGGAUCCACAGAAAUGAAAAAAAUGGGAAAAGAAGACAGAAAAGGGAAGAAACGAAAAGCUUGUACUGAAGAUUGUCUUUUUGAGGUCUUUGAAAUUAUUCUGAACUACAAUGGACAGUUUGAAGACUUUGGUUAUUUUAAUGAGGAUUUGGCUGUUAGAAAAUUUCAUAUUGAGGAUAUAGGAUUAAAUAGUCUAGAUAAGUGGUUACUUGAAUUGAAGGUUGAGGGAUUGUUAAUGUAUUAUUGGAGGCGGGCUGGCAUGUAUACUGAAGAAUUAAUUCCCAUGGAAAAUGAUGACCAUGUCAUGGACAUGGCACUGGCUGGGACACAAGAUGGUAGUGUUGAUGUGUAUGUUAGGAAGUUAAGUUGUGUUGACGUGUGCAACCUAAGGCCUGUAUUUGGACACACAUUAUUUGAGUUGAAAGAACUUGAAGAUGGGGAUGAUGCAUUGGAGCAACAGGGUGUUGGUGAGGCUGAACCGGUGGGGGUGCUGCAGAUUGAAGGUCCUGUGGAAGCAGUGGAGGUGCCGCAGAUUGAAGGUCCCGGUGAACCAGUGGAGGUCCUGCAUAUUGAAGGUCAAGAAGAAGGUGAACCACUGGAUUUGCUGCAAAUUGAAGCAGUUGAAGAACCCUCGGAGGAGCAGCAGCAGAUUGGUGGGUCAGACUGAAGGCCGAGACACUAGAUUGACCUAUUUUUGGGCCAUAUGAAACAACAUUUGUAACCUUUUAGGUUAAUAUGUAUGUUGCAUUUUAUAUUAUUAGUGACAAUUUGGAUUUUAGAUCAAAAUGAAUGUUGAUUACAAACUUGGAAUGUAUUGUUUGCUUAUGUUA